AUGGGAACGAAGAAGAUGGCAGCACAGUUCAAUGAUGCUCAAGAUAUGGAGACAAGACGCCUCCUCGUGAGACUGACGGAGGAUCCCAAGGGUCUUUUUCAGCACAUCCGAUCAGAGGCUGCUGCCAUUAUAUUAAGAGUCACGUAUGGCUAUGCUAUCAACCCCCAUGAACCGGAUCCUUUGAUGCUUUUGAUCGACACAAUGAUGGACAAUUUCUCCAAAGCCUUCGUCCCUGCAUGCUGGGUAGUCGACUCCAUACCACUACUGCGAUUCUUGCCGAGUUGGCUUCCGGGGAUGAGCUUCAAGACCACUGCUGCGGACUGGCUGAGAAUAAAUCACCAAGCCAACGAUGUCCCUUAUGCAUUCGUUCAACAGCAGAUGCAAAAAAGCACCCAUAGACCAUCCUAUGUCUCCCAGCAGAUUGAACAGAGCACUCGGGACGGUACACUAGCGAUGGACCGUGACGUGGAAGACACAAUCAAGUGGACCGCUUCCGUCAUGUACGGCGGCGGCUCUGACACUACCGCCGGCGUCAUUUCCGCCUUCUUUCAAGCCAUGGUCAUGUUUCCGGACGUUCAAGCCAAAGCGCAAAGGGAGAUUGACACUGUUGUCGGCUCGAGCCGGCUGCCCGAACUGCAAGACCAAGACCAGUUGCCCUACGUUUCAGCAGUGGUCAAGGAAGCACUCCGCUGGUUUCCAAUCACGCCAAUGGGUGUAUCUCAUGUAAAUGAGGAAGAGAUCGAGUACGCAGGCUUCACCAUCCCGAAAGGCUCAAUCAUUAUGCCAGCGACGUGGUGGUUUCAGAACGACCCGCAGGUCCACGCCAACCCGUCUUCAUUUGAGCCCGAACGCUUCAUGGCACCGCGAAAUGAGCCCGACCCUGCGCAGACCAUUUUUGGCCAUGGUCGUCGAGUCUGUCCUGGUAGAUUCCUCGCCGACAUGAGCUUGUUCUUGACUCUGUCCAGAGUGUUGGCCGUGCUUGAUGUUCGCAAAGCCGUGGACAAGUCGGGGCAGCCCAUUGACGCUAAGCUACAGUUUCAGCCUGGAAUGAUUUCGCGACCAGCAGAGUUUCCGUUUGAUAUUGCAGUCAGGAGUCCGUCCCACGCAAGGCUGGUUCAAGAUGUUGCCAGCCUUCUGCCCAAAGAAGCAGGCGAUGAUACUCUGCUUGAUCUUGGAACUCGGUGA